GGACAAAGAGUCAGUGCAACUUGGUACGAUUAACGUGAGGUCAGUUUUAGUUACAACCCUUUGAUUGGAUGAGAUGGCUACCUUCUAGCGAUAAAAAUCCAUCAAGCAAUGGUCGGUGGUCCUUUGGUGGUCACCCGUGCAUGGUGGUGCGGUGCUUGGUGGGCAACAACAACUAGGAUCACCUUCCAAGAUCACCUUCUAAUGGUGCAAGUAUGGCAAGAAGGGCUAGCAUUUGUUAGCGGUAUCACACCUUGUUGUAUUGGAGGCCAUGAAUGUGGCUGGCAUCCCUCUUUCAUGGAGACAACUCCACCUUUCUCUAGAUAUCAUAUUCAUCGCUAUAGCGGAGUCUGGCUUAGUGAGAUAUACCCCUUUGCAACUUGGUGGAUUAGUGGGGGUGCUCUUCUGAUUCCAUAUAGCUCAUGCUCCAGCCAUGGAUAAAGCUAGCCACUAUUGUCCCUAUGGCUAUGAGAAAGCUAUUCAUGGCUGACCCUAAGAUACUUGUGAGACAUGGCCACUGACCAUGUACCUCAUUACUCUUUCAUAUUAAAGGACAAAAUUAUCG